GUGUGUAUGUGUGUCUGUGCUUUUUUUUUUUUUUUUCAACGUCUUUCUCUCAUUUUGGCUAAAAAUCGGGCCACUCCGGCUUGGCGCAACACCAAUCUUCAAAUUCUCCACAACAUAGAAACCCCAUUUUCUCAAAAAUCCAAUUUUUCAUACUUUGAUUUUGAUUUAGUGGUUGAACAAUGGAUGAUUAUACUAGAGAGAUGAUGGAUCUCAAGACCUUAGUCACUCGAACCCUAGAGAAGAAGGGUGUUCUCGCUAAGAUCCGGGCUGAGCUCCGUGCGAGUGUGUUUGAAGCAAUCGAAGAAGAGGAUCGAGUGAUAGAAAACAACGAAGGGCUUCCUCCAGCUCUGUUGGGAAGCUGCAAUGAUGGUGCGAGGCGGCUUCAUGCUUUGCCAUCAGGCAGGUUGCUAUCUGCGUUAAUUUGUGAAUACUUGGACUGGGCGCAACUUAAUCACACGCUAAAAGUGUAUCAACCCGAAUGUAAUUUGCAAAAAGACUCUUGGAAGUCUGAAUUAGGCAACUUUUGUAGCAACCAUGGUUAUGAGCUCAACAGAAAUGGAGAAAGCGCACCGCUCCUUCUCGAUGUUCUUGAAGGAUUCUUGAAGUUCCAGAGCAUGCCACAGACCAUGGGUGGUAAUUCAAGGAGAGAGUCAGAAACAGAGUCCUCAUCAAGCCUUGACUCAAGAAAUCCUCCUCGCAGAUCAUCUGCUUCUGAUAGCUUACCUCCUCUACGAAGGCCGGGUUCUGCAUCCCAAGGAUCGGAUAGAAGAGCCGGGUUGUCUACUUCUGGGUACAAAAAAGAUGAAUUCAAUUGGAGACAGAGCAACCAAGAUGCGCAUGAAGAGGUAAUGAGAGCAUCAGCGGCGCUAGAAAAUCUUCAGCUGGAUAGGAAAACUCGGAACUUAACAUCUUCUUGGAGGAAUGCGAGGGAUGGAGCAAGUGAAGAAGAAGGGAGGGAUUGAUUGAUUUAGAAUUCUGAUAAGAUGCAGCUUCUGGAUUAGUUUGUUUAUGGUUCUGUGUACGUGUGAUAUAUGUAUGUUCCAUAUCUGCAACUGCGUUUUUAUUAUGUUUUCGACAAACAUCUCCGUCUCUUUUAACAAGUUGUUCCCAAAAAAGACAUUGAAUGGUUAAUGUUUCGUUCUGAGAUGUUUUGAGAAGAGAGGAUUUCAUUUCACAAACAAGAAUCAAAGG